AUGAUUGGUUGGGCUUGGCACAGGGUAACCCCUGCAACUGGUUUAUCAAAUGUCGGAGAAUUGCCAACUCAACUCAAACCUUACCUCAAACCCUACCAAAUCAACUCAAUUCUUGGCAAAGUUGAACGGUCGGCCGUCCUGGUGGUAACAGGCUCUACCUACGCAUUGUUUAGUCUUCACGUGACCGAAAUUUCAGGUUACCGCGAAGGGCACAACAAUGCCCCCCUCCACUACCUCUGCGCUCCACCCAAUCGUCCUCCCCCCCGUUCCCGUCCCCCCAUACUUCACCACCCUCGGGUCCGGCCUCCUGCACGCCACUCACCCCCGCGAACUGCCAACAACACUCCACACCCUCCUCCUCUCGUACCCCCACUAGCCAACAACGACCGCCCAAAGCCCUGGUGGCGCGCCCAAUGCCUCCUCUACGGCCUCAACGCACCCGAGAAACGCACCAUCCCAGAGCUCCGAGCCGCGCUUGUGAACGCAAUGGUCAUGGGCGGGCUGAAGGUGCCAGACGCCAUGCAAGAGAUGGAGAAGCGGGAGAACGGGAGGUUUCGUAAGUUGAAUGCACAGAUGCGGGAGGCGACGGGCGCGGCGGCCAAAGGGAGGGGAGCCCCGCCGAAGGACCCGCUGAGGGGGGUCCGCGGCGCCGGUGCAAAGGUGACCAAGACGGGGAAGAAGCCGGCUGCGAAGGAUGGCAAUGUGGCCAAGACGGGGAAGAACAAGUCGGCUGCGAAGGACGGUGGUGUGACUGUCAACGUCACAAUAAACAUGCAGAACCCGCAGGGCCCGAAAGCGCGAGCAAGGAAGACAGAGCCAGCCCCCAGAGCGAAGCAGACCGCAAAGAGGGGAGGAGCCGCGCCAAAGACCGCACGGUCAAAGGGACCCGCUGCACCGAAAGAGCCAGCCCCCAGAGCGAAACCGAUGGCGAAACGGGGAGGAGCAGCGCCGAAGACUGCACGGUCAAAGGGACCCGCUGCACCGAAAGAGCCUGCCACCAGGCCGAAACAGACGGCGAGACGGGGCCGCGGUGGUGCUGGGGCCCCGGCACGGGCAUCACGGGUGAGUGAUCACCAGGUGGCAGUGAAGAAUGAGGACGAGGUUCAUUACAGCGGCGGUAGCGACUAUGACGACCGUGAAUACUACGAGGCUCGCCGGUUCAGCGAGCAGGGUGGGGAUGGUGAUGAGGUGGGUGGGGUUGACCGCGAGACCUGGGAAGCUGGCGUGAGAUCAGGGCAGGCUGCGUGGGGGUACUCGGACCAUGAGGAUAACGAGGACUAUGAGCACCACGAGAGGUAUCAGGGCCACGAUGACUAUCACGACCAUGACGAAUCCAGCAGUGCAAUGCUUGUCCAAAACGCAACACGGCUUGGAGAGCGGCAGCACGCAUGUGGAGUAGGUUAG